AAACAUCGUCGUGCGAAACGGCCGCGCGUUGAUCCGCUCGGCGCGGUGGGCCGUGGUACGCACAGGGCGGAUCGUUACGCGCGCGUCGCGCAGCGUCGCGAAUUCGCGUGAGGAACGUGCGAAUCUCGCCGCCGCCUGUCUCGCCAGCCGUCGUGCUGCUGUGUCGCGUAUUUCGUCGCGCGCACGCGAUCGUGUGCGUGCGAGCGAGCGAGCGAUCGUGCAGAGCGAUCGGACCAUCAGCGAUCGGGCCUUAUCGAGGCUCAGUCGAUUGACGAGAGGCUCGGAACGAACGUAACACGUACGAGCGAACGAGUUCGUAAAACGCGUACACGACGCCCCGCGCGCACGACGAACUGCGAGCGAGAGAGCGAACAACGAAGUGCCUCGAGAGUUCUAGUCGAGAAACCGAUCUGCACGAGGCCGUACGAGAGAAAGAAAGAGAGAGAGAGAGAGAGAGAGAGCGAGAGCGAGCGGACGAGUGAGCGAGCGAACGAGCGGGCAGGCACCUCGUAGUGCUAGAUUCAGGGCACAUGGGAUCAUCCGAGCCCAUCUCGAGAUGAACGGUGAUUUCGAGUACGUUUACAUGAAUGGGGACAUCGGGAAGCUGCCACCAGGGGCGGUCUACCCAGCCACCCCUGAACCUCUGGGUCCACAGGUUGCAGUUGCGAUCGGUGGUGGAGUGCCUAACAUAGAUUACGGAGUCAUGAACGGUGCGCCAAGUGGCAAUGAACUGAUUCUCGACCCUAGUGUCGGCAGCCUGGAACCGUCGCCACAACAUGCAAUAGGAAUGCAUGGAGGCGCUGUUGGAUACAGUCCAGUGGAUGUUACUGCUCUAAAUGAUGCAUCUGCUGCUCCACCGCCGUCUGGACCAAUGGCCGAUCUAAAUGUUCCCUCUAUACCUUUGGAUCAGCUUAAACAAAUGCUCUCUACGCAACUCGAGUACUAUUUCUCCAGGGAAAAUUUAUCCAGCGAUGCUUAUUUGGUGUCACAAAUGGAUAACGAUCAGUAUGUGCCGAUAUGGACAGUAGCAAAUUUUAACCAAGUGAAGAAGCUGACAAAGGAUAUUAAGCUCAUAACUGAGGUGCUGAGGGAGUCUCCCAAUGUGCAAGUGGAUGAAGAGGGGCAGAAGGUGAGGCCCAAUCACAAACGAUGUAUUGUGAUACUUCGUGAGAUACCAGACAGCACUCCUCUGGAAGAUGUAAAGAAUUUAUUUUCCGGGGAGGGAUGUCCAAGGUUUAUCUCGUGCGAGUUUGCUCACAAUAAUGCGUGGUACGUGACGUUUGAAUCCGACGAAGAUGCUCAAAAGGCCUACCGGUUUUUACGUGAGGAGGUUCGAGAAUUUCAGGGAAAGCCGAUAAUGGCGCGAAUCAAAGCGAAACCAAUGAACAGGCUACCGAUACCAACGGUGCCUGGUGUAGGUGGUAUGAAGAAUGGCUAUAGAACUCCACCCCCUCACCCUGUCUACGAUCCGAGUAGUUACACGGCUGGACAGCAACGCUACGUCUAUACAAACGGCACGACCAUGCCUCAGACAACUAUGCCGGCGUAUGCGAAUCAGGUCGUCUACCAUCAACCAUUCUAUCACGGUAUGGUGCCUUGGGGAGCAACCAGUCCCGCUUAUUUCGAUAUGUCCAGUGUUUUUAUGAAUGGACUCACACCGCACACCACGUUCACGCGUUCAAAUACAAGAUAUAAUCCACGACACAGAAAUAGACAAAGAAAUGGCUCCGACCGAGGCUGUUUGAUAGACCCCGCCAAUCCCAGCAACAACAGCAAUAGCCACCAUCAUCACCACCACCACCACCAUCAUCACCACCAUAACCCGUCGUCCAUGCCGCCGCUGAGCAAUCGUAGCUCCCAUCCUGCUAUAACCGGCGGCGGCGGCGGCGGCGGUGGUGGUAGCGGUAACAUGUCCUUGAGCUCCUCGACGUCCACUUACCACGCUUCGAGCCUGCCUCCCUCGAAGCCGCCCUCUUCUUCGUCCUCCUCUUCCUAUCAGUCCGGCACAAAGUUCCAUUCCUCAUCGUCCGCCGCGUCGUCCGCCGAGCACACGAAGGGGUCUUCCUCCUCCUCGUCGUCCACCGCGCAAGACCAGGACGCAGCGGCGGUGGCCGAGCCACCAUCCUCCUCGGCGCCUUCGUUUCCCCGACACCGUAUCCACCGCAGGACCAAAGAUCAGGACGCGAAGGCAGCAGCUGGGAACAACCAUCCGCUGCCGGCGAUCAAGGAGUCCUUGCCAACGAGCGGCGGCAGCGGCAGUAAUAGCAACGGCAGCGGCAGCGGCCGUAGCAGCGGCGUGCAGUUUGACCUCGAGGCAGCCGCGUUCCCGCCUCUGCCCGGUCUCGACGCCGAUCACGGUAAGGUGUCGACGGACGUCGGCGGCGGUGCCGGCACCGGCACCGUCGGCAUCGAGUCCUCGUCGCAGAAUCGAUUGUCCGACGUUGUCAAGGGCACCGCCAAGCUCAAGGCGGCCGUCAAGGACAAAGAGAGCAGCAGCAGCAGCAGCAGCAACAACCAGCAGCAACCUCAACCGCAGCAACAACCUGUAACAGCUUCGCCGGCAGCAGCCGCGGCCGCCAGUAGGUCUGCCAGUCCUGGAUCGAGUACCGGGACAGAGGUGCAGGGAAAUACUCUGGGAAACGCCGCCGUGUCGACGAAUCUUGCGAACGCCGCGCACGCCCUUAAUCCGCCGACGGCCAACAACGAGAAUACGUCGUCGGCCGACGCCGCUGCGCUCAGCACCGUCGCGCUCACUCCUCCGACAUCUCCUGAUAAAUCUAUAAAGACUGACGACUCGAACAUGGUGAAUGGUGUGGACGACGCUGUAGUUGCAAACACGCACCUGCCGGCAGUGGCGACGUCGACGAUAACCGCGACGGCCGCGACAACGACGACGACGACGGCAGCGACGGCGAUGACGGUAGCAGCCGCGACGACAACGGACGACGCCGAGCCGAUGACCAGGUGCGAUUGUAAUAACGUCGUCGUCGUCCCUCCUCCUACUGCCUCACAGAGCUCCCAAUCGCAAACUGGAGUGGCCUCUGCCUUCCCUAUAGAUCUUACAAGGCCAAGCUAUGCCCAAGUAGCGCAACAUUGUCGCGAACUACCUUGUACAAAACACAAAACAGAUGAGAGGGACAGAAAUGUUUAAAAGCUGCAUGUGACGAAGGAAGACAGCUAAGCGAUGGAUGCGUCUUGGAUAUUGCGAAGCAAGACGACAAAAUCAGCAGACUACCACGUGAACGAUGUGGUAAACAAACAAUAUUUAGCUGUGCUAUACGUGCUACGACGUCAUCGCCAUCUUCUCGUGGUCGGAUCGGAUCGAGAAUCAGGAUAUCGGAGCUCGCCGCUGCUUUCACCUACCCCCGGCGCUCCCUUCUCGGGCCGACAACCGACACGUGCUGCGCGAGCAUGAGGAAGAGAGAACUUUUUACAUUGUACAGUGACGUCUCGCCUACGAUCAACGAUCGAUCGAUCGACGAAUCGAUCAAGAGAGAAAGAGAGAGAAAGAGAGAGAGAGAAUGUGUGUGUAUGCGUGU